AUGGCUCAUUCAAACUUCAGCGCUGUAGAUGAAUACGGAUUUGAAAGGCACGAAGAUUUUGACUAUGAGAGCUAUGAACACUUUAUGUCCGUAUAUUUAAAAGUCCUAGCAUCACGAGCACAGAAAUGGGCUUCUUUACUCGGCGAAGGAAAGUCGGUCAAACGCACUAACACAGUUAAACGAUAUGUUCGGAAAGGUGUUCCCAGCGAGCACCGGCCAUCAGUCUGGAUGGCAAUAUCUGAAGCAGAACAGAUGAGAGACCAAUGCCCAGAUCUUUACCAAAAAAUAUUAGACGGUCCUUUUGAAAAAGAACUUGUGGACCUUGUUAAAACAGACCUGCCACGCACAUUUCCUGACAACAUCUACUUUACUAAAGAGGCUAACCAUCAAACGCACUUAUUUAAUGUCCUAAUAGCAUACGCACAUAAUAACCGAGUAGUUGGAUAUUGUCAAGGGCUUAACUAUAUAGCAGGUUUACUACUCUUAGCCACUAAAAGUGAAGAAACAUCGUUUUGGUUACUAAAAGCAUUGGUAGAAAAAAUUUUACCAGACUAUUACACUAAGACCAUGGACGGAUUGAUAGUUGACAUUGAAGUAUUAUCAGAACUUGUCAAAUCUAAAGCCCCUGAUGUACAUCAACAUGUGAUAAACUUAGGGUUGCCAUGGGCAGUAAUAACUACAAAAUGGUUUGUAUGUCUCUUUGCCGAAGUAUUACCCAUUGAAACAGUUUUGCGAAUAUGGGACUGCCUGUUUUACGAAGGUUCCAAAAUUUUAUUCAGAGUGUGUAUAACAUUAAUAAAAACAAAUCGAGCUUCAAUAAUGGCUUGCAAUGACUUCACUACGCUGGCGGAGUGUUUCAAGGCUAUAGUAAAAAAUGCCAGUGCAUUGCAUUGUCAUGAAUUUAUGCAGUCAAUCUUCAAAGUACCUGGGACACUGUCCAACUCAACAAUAAUAAAGCUACGAGCUCGUUUCGCAAAACAACGCCGAGAACAACAACAAAAAGAACCACCUCGAUGA